GCUGAAAGGUCAAAACCGUCAACGGGGAAGGUAGCCUUCCUGCAGCUCCAAGCCGGCGUCUCGACGCCAACCUGCCAACUUGCCAAGUCCCCUCGGGCCCUCGGGCCUCGGUCUCAGCCCUCAAAGCAUCUAGGUAUUCCAGCAAUCAAGCUGUAUUGCCCACCGUAUCGGUCGAGCGACUCAAAUGGCGGCGAUCUCGCAGUUGCAGCGGAUCGCGGGGCCGCGCCACGCCGGGGCGCCGCGGCCGGGGAGGCGCGCGGCGGCUGUGUCGGUCGCGGCCGCCGCGGGCAAGACGCCGUCGCGGAGACUGGAGGGCGCGAGCGAGGAGCUGAGGGCCGCGGCGGCGCAGAGCCUCGACUGGGCGCCGGCGCGCCGGCGCGUGCGCGGCGCCUUCGUGCCCGUGCUCCCCACGCUCGACCACUGCCUCUUCAAGAUGGCUCCCAAGGGAAUCCAGAUGGAGGAGAAUUUUGAGACCAAUUCAAAGGGGGUUGAAAUAUUCUGGAAGAGCUGGCUGCCUAGGGAGGGCACUGCCACCAAGGCAGCACUUUUCUUCUGCCAUGGGUAUGGGGAUACUUGCACUUUCUUUUUUGAAGGGGUUGCCAAGAGAAUAGCCGCUGCUGGAUAUGCAGUAUAUGCUAUGGAUUAUCCUGGUUUUGGAUUAUCUUAUGGUCUUCAUGGCUACAUCGCGAGCUUUGAUGGAAUGGUGGACCAUGUCAUUGAACAAUAUGCAAGAAUAAGAGGCAGGAACGAUGUACGUGGGCUCCCUCACUUUCUCUUGGGGCAGUCAAUGGGAGGUGCAGUUGCUCUGAAAGUUCACUUGAAGCAACCGAAAGAAUGGGAUGGAGUGCUUCUUGUUGCGCCUAUGUGCAAGAUUUCAGAAGAUGUAACACCACCGGUGCCAGUGUUGAAGGCACUGAGCAUAUUAUCAUGCUUUCUUCCAGAGGCAAAGCUAUUUCCGCAAAAAGAUAUAGGAGAUUUGGGAUUUAGAGAUCCGGUGAAAAGAAAAUUAUGUGAGUACAAUGCGAUCUCAUAUAACGACCAGAUGAGGUUGAGAACAGCAGUUGAACUUUUGAAGGCUACAAAGGACAUUGAAUCCCAGUUGGAAAAAGUUUGCUCUCCGUUGCUGAUUCUUCAUGGAGCAGCAGACAUGGUAACCGACCCUCACGUGAGCGAAUUCCUAUACGAGAAGGCCAGCACGAAAGACAAGACCCUCAAGCUCUAUGAAGGUGGCUACCACGCUAUCCUAGAAGGAGAGCCUGAUGACCGAAUUUCAACAGCCAUCAACGACAUCAUUUCCUGGCUGGAUUCACACUGUUGAACAGUCUCAUUGAUCUCAUUGAUCGGUAUUGUUCCCAUCCCGCUAAGUAGUGGAUGAGUCAAAUAAUAAAACGGCGUCGAUCCGUGUGAGGCCUUCACUUAUUUAGGUGAGCAUGAAAUUCUCUGAUGCUUUAGUUUCAGGAACAUGUUGUACAGAUAUUCUUUCUCAUUUUCUGGAACUUCAUUUUAAUGCUGUCAUUUGUUGGUUAUCGGCAACUUGAUACCGUUAGCAGCGACUGCUCAUGUGUUUUUUUUACAAAGCUACUCACUUCGUUCUGUAAUUCUUGUCGAAAUUUUACAUGUAUUUAGACACUUUUAGGAAUAGAUACAUCCAUUUUUAGGUAAAUUUGAGACAAAAAUUAUGGAACGGAGGGAGUAACUAAGUAUUUGUUGUUAAUUAUGAACGCCGCUUUCUUUUA